AUGGUCAAGAUGUUUGUACUAUGCCAGGUUGAACGGAAAUGGUAUCGAUACAUUGAAAAGUGCCAGUCGGAAUUAGCAUUUAGGAAGAGGAUUGAAGUGACUUGGCGAAACCCAUACGUUGUUGUCCAAUGUCGUGGAUGUUACAGUAUUGACGGACGAAUGGAUCUCCAAGAAUCCAUGAUGGUCCAAAUCCAAAGUUAUUGA